AUGGCGCCAGUGUCGUUGACUAAAGGCGCAAUGAUCCAUAGCACACAAGUUUCAAGGGCAGUGGGUGAGGGCGCUGAAAAGUCCUCAGACGACGACGACGACUUCCACCUGGACUUGAACACUGAUCUGAUUGGCAAAAACACGGCCAAAAAGGAUCUUAACAUUGUGAACGAUUAUAGACCAGAUUGGACAUGUAUGGAAGCCUACCGCGAGUCCUAUCAAAACUGGAGAGACGGCAUUCUGAAAUCCUUCGACCUUGAUCUGUCCCGAUUCCUACCAACGUACAUUGAGAAAGGACGAGAGCUCAUCAUUGAAGCGCGCCAUCCAGAUAACGAGAACCUUCUUGGCUACAUUCACUUUAAGGGUGACAAGGAUGGAAACUGCAUGGGAGGCCUGAAGAUAGUCAACUUCGAAGCCACCCUCAAAUUUUCCGAUUUGGCUACUGGAUCAACUUCCAAGGCCGACGAAUCUGGACAGACUGGACAACAUGGAGAUGGUAUGAAGAUAUCUUCUCUUGUUUACCGACGUAAUGGCUACGAUGUGCGCCACGAAAGUGGCGGCUUCAGCUGGCACUACAUUUACAAAGAGGGUAACUUCAUCUGCUCCCUCACUCGCAUCAACGCGGUCAAAUUGAAGGAAAUCAAGAAAAAGGACAAAGGUCAACCCCGGACCCGUAAUCACCAUGCCUGGGAGGAUGUUUGUUUGAUCGUUGGCGAACCAGGAAAAGUCAAAGAUGUGAAAGGGACGGAGGCACCAGGUAAACGGCUGAAUAUCAUCGACUUCAAGGAAUGGAUCACCGUCACCCUCGACAUCAAUCCUCCAAAAGACAUCAUCCGCACUAUCCACGGCGAUCUUAUCCGCGACCCCGAAUACCAAGCACGCAUGUACCUUCGUGGUCUGUUAUUGCCGCGCGGGGGAACCCAGCGACAACAAUACGUUUACGGAUACAACUUUGUCAAGGGGAACACUAGCGCCGAUCGCGAUGCGCUUUCUGGUGCAACAGAAGAGAGUGAGGGUAUCAUCGCCAUCUGGUCAGCUGCAAUACGAGCAGAUAGGUCGAGUAAUUCCGAACUGCUGACGGAUUACACCAACCUGCUCCUGGGUUCGAUUGGCAAGAAGGGCGAUGUGAUGAUGUAUCCCUACCGCCACGGACACGAGCCUAUGCCCAGGGAGAUUGCCAAGAAGGUGUGGGAGAAGAUGUUGACGCUCAACAUUAGCGAAGAGGGUCAGGUAGCCUUCUACUAUCGGGCUGGCGAAGGGAAAGAUGUAGGGAAAUAA